AUGACUGACUAUGGUUCAUUCGCUCAGGGAGAAGGAUUUUUCACCGGUCAACGGGACAGGAGUGAUGAGAAAGACUUCGCGUCAACCGGGCAGCAGCUUCCGUCUGGCAGCGUCGUGAAGCAACUGCCUGCUACAAGCUUUGGGCAAAAUUUUCCAACUUGUAUCAGUCAAAAUAAUGAAAAGCUGCAGCUUCCAAAGGACGAUAUUUGCACACCAGAUCUUGAAGACGUCAGACGAGCCGCAAAACGCUUUAUUGAAACAACGAUUAGUAGUACAUACGGCUUACAAGAACAAUCUGUGGACAAGUGGGACAUCUAUAAUGGUGAAGUGGAAGAUGCCGAAUUUGCGCAUGUUUUGGACAACUUGCCGACCUCUUACGAUGAUUUUGAGUCAAAAGAACUGCACCUUAAAUUAGAACGCAAUUUGUCGAGCCCACUGAUGACUUGUCAGAGUCCUAAUGCAGAUUCUGGACGUGUAUCUGCUGGUUCAAGUUUAACAAAAUCUUCCAACAUCUAUCUUUGUGAUGCUGGAAGUAAUCCUCCUGAUGCAGACGACCUUGAAGUUGCGAUGAUCAAUCAGUCAUUCGAAGAACAACAAAAGCAAACUAAGCUCUAUGCGAGUCCCGGCUUAAAGGAUCUGUUCUAUUCACAGCCGAAUACUACUGAUGAUCGUGUUGCAGUUAAAAAUUUUGACAAAGAAACAGUUAGCACUGCAAAACACUCAUUGCUAGUUGCUUCAGAUACCCACAAAAGUGAUUGCAGUGAUGGACCACUCUUUCCUGCAGAUUUGUUGCUUACCAGUGUUUCUACAAAUUCAAUCAUUCCCAAAGAAUCGCUAACAGUUGGUUCACCAUGGACUGUCUGUCAAGAAAAGUUUGUAAAAGCAGAGCUUGAAACAAUGGCAACAGUCAAAUCGUCCGAUAUUCAAGAGAUCGGAAACAAUUCACUGUCACCCAAAACUAAUGCUGGAUUCGGUUCAGGCCACUGCGAAAGUAUCAGAGAAUUUGGUUAUAAUGGUGGUUAUUUCGACAUAGAAGAAAUGAUUCUUGAUGAUACUUCUCUUCGACAUGCAUCUCAAGAGGCGUUUGGAAGUUCACUUGUUGCAAUGAAGGCCGUUUCAGCUUUGAUGAGAUCUCAGCAUGUGAAAGGACCUAAGGACACUUCAGCAUUUGUAACAGAUCACAGUAUGGAUGCUACUGAAGCUUUGGCUGUGGAUGUGGUCGAAAGUCUUUUCGAUAGAAGUGGGCUAGCAGAAUCUUCAUGUACCAUCGAAGAUUUUGAUAAUGAAUUUGAUUUGGUAAAAAGCAGUAAUGAAAAUGAUGUGCUGAAACCAGGCAAUAAUAAGCUGACUUCUCUGACGGAAUUAAUGGAUGGGAAAAAGAAGCAAGAAUCGGUAGGUGAAGCAAAAAAGAGAAAAGAUGAAGCUGUGGUACCUAGCUGCGGUGCAGUCGAUUCAUGGGAGGAACUGGACAACGAUGACUACAGUUCCAAACUUGUUAAUGAGAUCGAAAUAGCGAUGUGCAAGGUAAAGAUUCGGAAGCCGAAGACCACUUACUUCAGUGGGCUUCCUAUUGAUCCCUGGGAUGAUAAUUUACUGCCGCACGUUUUGGAAGCUUCUAACCUUCCUGUUAGAUUUACCGAAGACUAUGUGAAGCAGGAAUUGGCCAAGCAUGAUUGCGCUGACGUAGCCAUUCAUCCUGUUGAUGACACGCACUGUUUGGUCGUGUUUGCCUCAAAAAAUGCCGCGCUUCAAGCGAUGAUUGCUCUUCGACAACGGCAAAGUGUUGCUAAGGUGCGACUUCGUUCACUGUGUGAUGCAACUAGGGCUACACAGGAGAGGGCUCGCAAAUAUGAAGCAAUUCUUCGCCCACAUAAGCAACGUCCUCAAACGACCCCACUUGUAGCUCGCCGUCUCGUUGAGGGUGCUCUUGGCAAACGCUCAAAUGUUUCGGCGCAACAGAUCAGCAAUGAAAGAAAGCAGCUGAAGGACGCGAAAGAUUUAAAACAAGCGAAGGCUGCGAUUUGGGAAGAUGGUCCAUAA